AUGAAAGUGCAGGGACGCUUAGAAUUUCGAACAAGACGAAAUGUAACUAGACAAGCUGAAGUCAUUUCUAAUAAAAAUAAUGCUCUAAUGGAAGGUAAAGCAUUUAGAGCAGCUGACGAUAUUAUCUUGAAACCAACUGUUUCCCUAACACGAAAGAGUGCACGCAUUGCCAGUAAAACAUUAAAACAAAUAGAAUUACCAUUUAAGAAAGACGAACAAUUGGAAGAUAAGAAACGUAAAAAUGACAUGGAAGAGACCAAUUCAAAUAAGAAACAAAAAACAGAGGUCAAUAUUCCCAAAGAGAUUACAACAGAUGAACUACAAAAAGAGGCAAAAGAAACAGUGAAUGAGCAAAUUCGAGAAGAAGAAAAGACCGUUGUACAAGUUCAGAAAGAAGAAAGAGUUGUAGAAGAAAUAUGUAUGAAAUCAUCAAACAAAGAAACAACGACUGCCAUGUUUGAUAAAGGUGACAACAUCGUAGAAGGAUCACAUGAUACAGACAACCUUAAAGAUAUCAGUACAAGAAAUAACAAUGAAAUGAUACCUCCUAUAGAACAAUCAUCCAAGACUCAAGAUGAUAAUAAGUAUCACACUUCACCAGCCGCACCUUUCAAGACAUAUGUGUCUUUAGCUGAUAAACAAAGAAUUGAAGAUGAAAAGCUGAUUAUUACCAGCGUCCGUAAAGCACUCGAUAUCGUCAUCACUGAUCGUGUUGCUCGUAACCAACCUACUCUAUACCAUCAAACAGAAGCCAUACUAAGAAACAUGACGGGAAGAAAUGUAAAGAUGUCACAUAUUUGUAAAAUCAUGUAUCUUGCUCCUCGAUUAUAUUCAGUAGAGGCCAAGGAAUUAAGAACAUAUGGAGGCAAAAUUAAUGAAGACUUCUUAAUCGAAUUUGGCAAAGAAUGGAGAGUGCCUUUGAUUGGAAAAGAUUUGCAAUUACGAGCAGACAUGUUGCGUGAGGCUGUUGAUAGAUACUUUAAUGAACAUCCAGAACACGAUGCUACUGUUCCUGAAGCUCCACUGCCAAGAUUACGAGCUGUAGUAAAUAAGGAUGAAUGGGAAAAGCAAGCCAAUCUACCACAGGGUAUCAAAAAGCUGUUGGAGGCACAUAAAGCUGUCAAACAAGAACGAAUAGAACAACAAAAGCCAAAGCCAACACCUCAGGGCUCAGUCAAGGAGAGAUUUGAAGCUCUUCGUGCUAGAUUGGCUUCCAAAAAGAAAUAA